AUGGGCCCGUAUGUGCCGCCAGGCCAGUCGCCGCCCUUCGAGGUCGUCGAUGACUUGCACCAUGGUGCAUGGCUGAUAAUUACUGCUGCGCUGGGGCUAGUUGUCUCCCUCGUGUGCUUUUUGAUUCGGCUGUACGUGCGACUCAUGCUGAUUCCACCUUUUGCACGCGAUGAUUGGGUUUUAUUGGGUGCUACGCUCGAUAUCAUUGCGCUGAUAAUUAUCUACCUCUCCAAAUGCUGCGUUGUGGCUAUCUACCUCCGCCUCACGCCACAGAAACCACAUAACCGCGCAUCCUGGGCGACCCUAGCUUUGUGUACUGCUUGGGUUAUCCCGGCUAUAUUCAUCGUCCUAGUCAACUGUGAGCUAAACACACCGUGGCGGAGUGACGGCGGACAAUGCACCGACUUGUACAUACGAUGGCAAUUCAUCGCUGCAGUCGACGUUAUAACCGAACUCCUCCUCUUCAUCCUAGCCGUGGUCCUCCUAAAAGGCCUCUUCAUGUCCGUUCGCCGCAAACUAGCCGUCGGCUUCGCAUUUAUAUUCCGUUUUCCCCUCAUAAUUUUCUCCCUGGUCCACAUAUCAGCCCUCCACACCUCCCUAAAUAGCACAGACACUACCCUCGCUGCCGUCGAACCGACAGUCUGGAUGCAGGUCGAACUCCACUACGCCCUAGUGGCAUGCAGUGUAUUCUGUCUCAGACCUUUCAUGGCAGCCGUCAGCACAAACUACGGUACGGCGGGCGACUCGACACUGGAAGGUAGCGCGUCGAGAUCAAACGGCACGAAAGAAAGCUCGAAGACCGGAUCUGGCUCGGGCUCGAAUUCGAACACCGCUUCGAGAUCCUUAUCACAAUCUCGCACACAGAGGAAAAGAGCAGGUACGGGAUCAAAGCUGCCGAUGGUGCCUCCGGCCGCUGGUGGUUCUAGUUCUGGCUCUGGUUCUGGGUCACGACUGUCGGAGAUUCAUGGCCCAGGUCGGAGUGCUCCGUUAUGUCUUGAUGCCAGCCCCCGUGCACACGGAGCACUUGGAAAUAAUCAAAGAGAUGGGGAUAGUGGCAAGUCAGAUACGGUGCGGGUGCCAAUGCGCCGAUCGAUGUUCCCGCUCAGCGCACCGCGCAAGAAGCUGAGCUUUCAAGUUCCGGAAAGAGGGAAGAAUGGCGCGAGGAGUGCGUCUGGGGGGCCGUUUACGGUGGAGUCGGAUUUGAUUGAGCUUGUUCCGAGGCCGCAUACGCGGCAUGCGAGUGAGGUAACCGAUGGAGGGGAUGCGGAGGGGACGGAUAAGAUGGUUAUUCAUAAGGAGAUUCGGUACUCGAUUCAAUAUGAGGAUGAGGAGGAGCUGAGGAGGCGGGAGGAUUCGAAGAUUAAUUCUGUUGAUGUUUCUGCUUAUGUAUAA